GCUGUGGCCGCUGGGUGAGGUCGGAACCUAUUCGUGGACGCACUGGGAAGAGAGUUGUUUACAAACAACAAAAGUGUCAGAAAAACACGAAAUCGUUUCCGAAAAUUAGCAAAUGUAGCACAUCGUUCAUUUCCUCAACAGUAUGGAGGAUCAUAACGGUCUUUAGCGAAUACAAAUGACAUCCUGAGUGAUAUUUUCAGUGUGUAUGUGGGGGCAGUGAUAUAAAGCUGAGCAGGUGCAGUCUCUAGGUUACAAAGAGGUGUUGGCUGUGGGCAGUCGGCAGGACACAUGGCAGAGGACGGCAACAAGCUGACACUGAGGCGCCUGGAGGCACCAAUCCACAAGUUCAUUAAAGUGGCUCUACCCACGGACCUGGAGAGGCUGCAGAAACACCACAAUAACAUACUGAAGUACCAACAAAGCCAGCAAUGGGACCGGCUUCAUCUGGAGCAUAUUAAUGCCAGCAGAACUGUUCAGCAGUUGAGAGCUAACGUCAGAGAGAUGGAGAAGCUGUGCAAACGGGUUCGUGCCGAAGACGCUGCCGCUUUGGAAGCGCUCGUCAGGCCAGUCAGAGAUCGGGCAUCAGCCGCCGUACGAGACUUCCUGUGUUUGCACUCUAACCCCGUGCCUCAGCCGGCGCCAGCAACACCACCUGCCGCUCAGCCAUCCAGCUGUGUGUCCAGCAGUUGCCACGCUGAUGACAAUAUGUGCGAGCAGCCAGUAUCUAGCAGGCAAAUUCAGCUACACCUCCCAGAAAUCCCUGCUGAUCAGAGUGCGGUUGAGUCCUGGGACAACCUGGAAGAGGGUCUGAAGGCACUGAGUGGUUUGGUGACGGAAUUUUCUCUCAUCGUCCAUUCCCAGCAGGAGAAGAUUGACAGCAUAGAGGACAACGUCAACACAGCCGCUGCCAACGUGGAGGAGGGGACCAAGAGCCUGGGGAAGGCGGUUGGCUACAAGUUGAUGGUGUUGCCGGUUGCUGGCGCGUUGCUGGGCGGUGUGUUAGGAGGUCCACUCGGCCUGCUGGCUGGGUUCAAAGUCGCAGGGGUGGCUGCGGCUCUGGGAGGCGGGGCCCUGGGGUUUGCAGGCGGCAACCUGGUCCAGAAACACCGCAAAGCCCGAGUGGAUCUACAGAUGAAACAACUGACGGCACCGCCACCAGAACCAGAGUCAAACAAGGACAAAUGACCCGACAGUUCUGGUUACCUAAUCACAAGGCUCCAGGGUUGACUGACCAAUCAGAAGCACACACUAGAACGAACAAACGGUGUCACAAUGCCUUAAAAAGACUCAACAUAACACGUCAUCAGGCUUUGCCGUCGACAUGCACUGUUGUACAACAGUUCUGCGUUAACAGCUUGAUGUUCGGGUGUGAGUGGUUUGUCUGUGAGGACGUUCAUCUCAGUUUAUACACACAACUGACUUUUUAAUUCUGAAAGCAGUUGUUUUCACUACAUAUUUGAGUGUGUGUCUAUGUCAGCAUGACAUCACAUCUCUUAACUAAAAAAGAAAUAUUUGUCACCAAAUAAAUUAAUUUAACACCUCAAACAUUCUGUCAGAUGCCAUCACUAAAGCCUCAGUAAUACUUUACGCAGGGAUGGUGUGACGUCACUUUGGCAGUGUGAACCGGUGCAUGAAUCAUGCCGUUUAUUAGGACAUCGUUUACUCCUCGAGCUAGCAUCUUUUUUUUUUCAUAUUUGUCACCAGUGAUUGCGUCUGUGAUCAUGCCUCAAUAUUCCUUUAUGCAGAAAAUAAUAUCCCAACGUGAACAGCUGCACUGAUGAUUACAAUGAUAUAUGGAGACAAAAAAAUGUGGUGGUAUGUUCAAUUAAAGUGGAUAGGCUUCAAUGUUUGCAUAAAUUAUACUGUUUAUAGAUACUGACCUGCUUUUGCAACGUGCGAGAGCAAAACUGCACAUAAAGCACCAAAGUGCCACUGUCCAGGUCACUUCAGGGACUGGAGUGGAACAACCUGCCAUGUAUUGAUUGUACUGAUGCAAAUAAAACAUUUUUCAAUGUCAUUCGUUGGAUAAAUAUCAGAGGUCAGAGGGACCUGACAUACAAAGCAUCAGACAACACAGUAUUCUGUAAAAUGUUUUUUAAUUUACCUUUUCAUUAUUUUUUUACUCUUCUUCCCCUCUGAGAUGACUGGUUUUAGAAAUGGCCUCACGCUCCCCCCCUGUUGCUCUUCUGUAUGUGGGCUGAUAUGUCACUAUGCAGGCAUCUGGUGGCCUCUAUGGAAGGGCAGGGAUGCACAGUACAAACGUAGCAAUGGUUCCCCACGCUCUUAAUCUGGAUUAAUUCACACUCAAGAGGAUCUCAGGGAGCUGGACUUGUACCAAAACCUCAAAGACAUAUAAAGAGACAAAACCAGUUUUAAGAGAAGUUGUAUAAAGUGGCAGACUGUAAAUUUCCACCGUUCAUCGCAUGGGUUUCCCCCUCUUGUCUCGGCUUUUUAAAGCACUGGGAAGGACGCAGUCUUUAUCUCCCCUGGCAUGACGACACAUUUGACAAGAGGUAACAGCAAAAAAACAGCCAUUUCAUAAAUUCAGAAUAAUUUGAAAUUACAUCGUUGCAAAAAAAUGGUUUUCCUCCAUUUGAUUCCUGGGAGCACAACUCGGAGGUGUUACGGCAAAUACUGCGCCUUUAAAAAGGUAUCGAGCCCCCUUUGACGUUGCAUGUUUUACAGUAGUGGAGGUAAUCAGCAUUUUAGCCACUGAACGGAAAAAUAAGACGUUCAGAUUUCUUGGGUACAAAAUUGAAAACAAAAUCCCAAUUGCACAAGUUUUCAUGUCCUUCAAGACGUAAAAGAGGCACCUUUGCCAACAGUUACAGCCUUAAGUCGACUUCAAUAGGACUGUAACAGUUUUACACUAAUUAUUUCACAUUCUUCUUUUAAAUGCCGUGUAGAUUUGGCUUUAUGUUUGGGGUUGUGGAUAAAUAUCUAUAGCUGCACAAAUAUAACCUUCCACCGCCACACGCCGCCCAGGGCCGGCUGCCGAGAAGCCUCCACACAGCAUGAUGCUGCCACCACCAGGCUUCAUGGUAGGGAGGAUGUGCUUCUUGGUGUUUUGCAGUUUUAAGCUUUACUAAACACAGAAUUUAGUAUCAUGGCCAGAAGGCUCAUUCGCUUUGACAUUUUAGUAUUUUCUGUUAAUCGUAGAGAAAUCCUAAUUACAUCCACUGUGAUUCAAAACAGUGACGCAUAAUAAGGUCCGAGGGGGCAAUACAUUUUAUAAGUACUGUAAGAGACGUGAUCUAGAACCAUUUAGUACCAGGGAGAGAAGGGGUGCAUCUCAAUAGGCUGGAGUAGCUUGGUCUCUUUAUCUUCUGUGACAAGUCAUGGUUUGAAGUUGUGUGACCACUACCAAGCAUUUCAAAUUGUAGUUUUCUAUUCCUUCAGAAUGUGUGUGGAGAAGAUAUGGAGAUAAAGCUACUUCAAACAGGUAUAUUGUUAUAACUUACAAAUUUACAAAUGAACUAAACUAGAGUUGGUCAUAUUGAGAUGCAGUCAUGAGGUUAGAGAGACUAAGCAACAAGCAUCUCCCGUCAGACAGGCUGAACUGGACUACCCACAGAUAAGAACCGUUACGACUGGAGUGAGGGAACUGCUGUUAGUUUUCACUACAAAAAGCCGGAAUAAAGAAAGGAAUAAAAUAAAGAAAACUCUGCAUUUAAUUUAGACCAAAAAUGAGACUCCAUGCAGCACAAACAUAUUUACAAGCUCCAAACAAAUCAAAGUAAAAACACUUCUUUUGAUGUCCUAUUGCCCCUAACACCCGCCCACACACGAUUUCUUCUUUACACCCCCCGCCCCCUUCCUUUUGAUCCAAAAUAAAAACUGUACGUGAAAGAGUUAUGAAAAUAUAGGUUAUUCCAACAUGGUUGUGUCGUGGACUGAACUCCUUCU